UCAGUCGCUUAAGCCCCAGGUUAAACCCUUCUCUCUCUCCCCCUCUCCGAAUGAAGCAUUCUCGGUUGAGCUCGCUGUUCAAUUUCUCAUCUCGUUUCGGUUUCCGAAACUCACCGGGCGUUUCGCUUUACUCGACGACGACGUAUCGCCCUCACAGAGAGCCCUCGAGAGGCACACUCAACGACCUCUACCGUCGGAUUUCCCGCGCCGGAGAUCAUACAGCCCCCAUUUCCCCGAUUCUCGACCAGUGGAUCGAAGAAGGCCGAACAGCACCCAAAGGUGCAUUCGUCACCAUCAUCAAGGAGCUCAGGCAGUACAAGCAAUACAAGCACGCUCUCGAGAUAUCAAUGUGGUUGUCUGACAAAAGGUACUUUGAGCUUACAAUUGCUGAUGUUGCCAUCCGACUUGAUUUGAUUGCAAAAGUUCACGGAAUAGAACAAGCUGAGGAUUACUUUAACAACAUUCCUAAAAAUUUGAAAGUUCUUGAGGUUUACUGUGCUCUCCUGAACAGCUAUGCUCGUGCAAAACUUGUGGAAAAGGCUGAGGACAUCAUGCAGAAGAUGAGGGAAUUGGGGUUUGCUAGGACAUCGUUGUCCUACAACAAUUUGCUCAAUUUGUAUCAUCAGACUGGAAACACUGAUAAAUUCAAUGUUCUAAUGAGUGACAUGAAAGAGAAGGGCAUUCUUCAUGACAAGUUCACAUAUUGUAUCCAGAUCUCUGCAUAUGCAGCUGCUUCCGAUCUUGAGGGAAUUGACAAGGUUAUGGCAGAGUGGGAGUCCGAUCCCAAGGUUCUUAUGGAUUGGGAUAGUUAUUCCAACGUGGCAAUUUCUUAUAAGAAAGCAGGAAAUGUGGAAAAGGCUUUGGCAAUGCUAGAGAGGUCUGAGAAACUGAUGUCAAGUUCUAAAAGAAAGAGGGGAGCAUAUGAGUACCUUAUGACACAAUAUGCAGCACUAGGGCAGAAAGAUAGGGUUAUGAGACUCUGGGAACUAUACAAGAAGCACAUGAAAAUAUACAAUAGGGGUUACAUAAGUAUAAUGACCUCUGUGUUGAAGAUUGGCGAUAUUGAAAGUGCCGAGAAGAUCUAUGACGAAUGGGAAUCCAGCAAUUUAUCUUUCGACAUUUGUAUCCCAAAUUUCUUGAUUGGUGCUUAUACCAGAAAGGGCCUAGUUGACAAGGCUCUAGUUGACAAGGCCGAAUCCAUUGUUAACAGGGUAAUACAAAAGGGAGAGAAACCGGAUGCAAGGUCUUGGCAUUAUUUGGCAAGGGGAUAUCUUGAUCAUGAUCAAAUUGAGAAGACAGUUGAGUUGACGAGGAAAGCACUUUCAGUUGAGGGGUCACGGUGGACACCAGAUGGGCAUGUUGUCGCCGCCUGUAUGGAAUAUAUGAAACAGAAAGCGGAUGUGGAAGGAGCUGAAGAAUUUAUAAGACUACUCGGGGAGAAGUGUAGUUUCCCCAUAAGUAUUCAGGAGAAAUUGUUAGAUUACAUUAAUAAUGAGGAUUCAGUCACUGUAGAAAUAGGUGACCUCGAAUGGGAUCGUCGGAAUGGAGUUCUGAAAGAAGCGGAUUUAGGUUCCAACUAACCGAAUCUGUCAGAUACGUAUUUCAAAAAACUCCUGAAAUUGUGGGUAGCGAAUGCAAGUCAACUUCAGGGAGUUGUAAAGAUUCUCUACCGAUUUAAGGUAUUACUUUUGUUCUGAACAUUAAGUUUGCUGCAAUUUGAAUGAACUUUUUCUUCAUUCCUAAA